CGUUUGAAGCGCGCACUGUGGCCGGUAGAAAAUAGAUGAAAGUUGAAAAUGGCAGAAGACAGUACAUUCGCGAGAUGGACGUAUGCGCAUUACUUCAAUUUUGUCAGAGAAAAGGACAAGAAGAACGUAAUUGUCAAAUGCAACCUUUGUCCAAACCCGAGAGAACUAUCGACGUCGAAAAAUAGCACUAGCAAUUUAAAAAAACAUCUCGAACGGUGCCAUGCGACCACUCCGCUUACUGAGAAGAGAAAGAACACAGAGGACGAGAGUAAUGAUCCAAAGCAACAGAAAUUAAGUUUCCUGCGGUCGACCAUCAUGCCACUUGAACCUCGAGAAGUCAGAAGACUUGUUGCAGAGUAUGUCGUCGAAGACAUGUUACCAUUGGCAACGGUGGAAUCUCCUGCUUUCAGGAAGUUAGUUAGCAAGAUCCCUGUGACCGGCAGCAACGACAAGAAUGUACUGCCAUGCAGAACAACGUUCGCCAAAGAACUAGAUAGGAACUAUUCUGCCAUGGAAAUUGAACUAAAGAAAACAAUUGAGGAACAGCAGUACGUGUCAACAACUGCAGACAUUUGGACUGCCUACAACAAGAGUUUUUUGGGGGUGACGGUCCAUUGGAUCGAUUCAGAGACACUGGAACGGAAGAAGGCAGCUAUUGCUUGUCGUAGGUUCAGAGGUAGGCACACAUAUGAUGCAAUUGCAUCUGAACUCGAGGAUAUUUUUUCACAGUAUGGAUUAACUGCUGAAAAAGUGACAGCAUGUGUGACAGACAAUGGCAGCAACUUUAUUAAAGCUUUUAAGGAAUACCAACAAGUCGAAUCUGAGGAUGACGAAGAAGAGGAGGUGGAGGAGGAUGAUGAAGUGGCCUUCACUGACCUCCACAGCGUUCUCACUGGAGGAUACGAUGAGGAUGCCCAGCAAGGGCUGUGUGUGCUGCCUACACAUUAUAGAUGUGCAGCUCACACGCUUAACCUCAUUGCAAACAAUGAGGUUGGUAAAUGGUUGGCAUCAAACCCAGAAUCCAGGGCUGUUUACCGCAGUUCCACAGCUAAGUGUUCUGCACUAUGGACCAAAGCUAGCCGGUCCACAGUUGCGUCUGAGUGCCUAGAAAAGAUCAGUAAAAGGAAGUUGAUUGUCCCCUCAGUAACCCGAUGGAACUCAUUUUAUGACGCUUAUGUUCGGAUCAUAGAAAUGCCACUAACUGACAUUAACAAUCUAUGCACACAGCUUCAGAUUAAAUGUAUGAAUGACAGGGAAUACCAGUUUUUGAAGGAAUACUGCUCCAUUAUGAAGCCUUUCAGCGUUGCACUGGACAUCCUACAGGGUGAGGAAACUUGUUUUUAUGGGACACUUCAACCAACACUUGAAGUUCUAAUGACCAAAACUUUAGCAAUGCAAAAUGGCCUUUCACAAAUGACUACCGGGUUGCCUGAAAUAAUUGUGGGAGCAAUUAAAACUCGUUUUGCCACAACAAUUGACUCGAAGGAAGCCCUACUGGCCGCAGUCUCGCUGCCCAAGUUUAAACUGCGCUGGGUAAAAGAGGAAACCAGAAGAGAUCACAUCAAGUACCUCCUCACCACUGAGUGCCGCUCCCUAACAGUAGAAGAGCCUGCAACCCCAAUGAUUAAUGCUUCUCAACCUGCUGCAGUCACUUCUCGUGAGGAUGACUUCUUUUCAUUUGAGGAACAGCCCAAUGCCAAGGCUGAUACACCUAUGUCAGUCGAAACAGAGGUAACAUCUUAUUUUAAUUCUGAUCCAGUAAUGAAAAGCCUGCAUCAGUUUCCAAGAAUUAAAAAAAUUGCACUACGCUAUAAUGCACCAACACCAUCCAGUGCACCAGUCGAAAGACUUUUCAGUCUUGGGAGUCUGGUACUCACCCCAAAGCGCAACCGUCUUGGUGAUGGACGCUUUCAGCGUCUUAUUCUGAUGCGCUUCAACAGACAUUUCAGUCAAGGGGGAAUAAUAGAGUAGGCUAGCCUCCACGAUAGCCGUAAGCACCACCUUGGUUUCCCUUUACUUUCAGCCAUGUUCAGUUGCACACUACCUCUGUUUUAUAUUUGGUAGGAAACUUUCUAAAUCCAAUUUUCCUGUUGGCUAUGUCUGACCAUUGCUAAGGUUGUUUUUUGUUUGAUUAUUGAACCAUACUUUAUUUCAGGCCUUGUGGGCCCAGACACCUUAAUUUCAGUUUUGUAUUUCUAUAACGUUUUAUUUCCAUUUUGUUCUUGUAUGACUUCCAUUUUUACUGAACUUUUUGAAAAUGGCUAAGCCAUAUUUCCUGUUAAGCCUUUUAGGCCCAAGCACUUUAAAGUAAUUUUUGUAUUCUUGAAAAGUAUAUUUUCAGUGUAUUUUCAUAGAGCCAAUGGGUAUUUCUCUUGUUGUUAAAUUAAUUAAUCUUUCUUUUGAGAAGCAAAUAGGUCUCUAUUUGAUCUGUUUUCUUUCUAAGCAGUUAGGCUAUGUUAAGCCUAUGUAUUUCUAUGGACAAAUGACAGAGGGAUUGUUCAUCUAAUUGCACUUUAUUGAGUAAACAAAAGCUAUGUUCAUAAUGCUCACUUUGUGCAUGACAGUUUUGUGUUGUGAACCAUUGAAUUUAAAUUUCAUAAAACAAUGGCACCAGUAAGAAAAUAAAAAAAUCUGCAUCUUGUCAUGGCAUUGGAGUUUACAUAUAGUCCUGUCGUGUCUAAUAAGAAUAUA